AUGAAUGAGAAAUAUGGUCUUGAAAAGUCGAAGCGUAAGAGCUCAGGUGUUACAUAUUCUUAUCAUUUGCAUGUGGAAGUUUUUUAUGUUGUUAUUGAUUUGCAACUUUCAGACCUUAACAACCAUUUUAGUGAAGUGAAUACUGAUCUACUUCUUGGAAUGGAUAGUUUGAGUUCUGAGAAUAAUUUUACAAAUUAUGAUAAAGAAAAGAUCAUGAAUCUUGCUACAUAUUAUCCAAAUGAGUUCAGUGCCUCCAAGCUUGAAGAUCUUAGUUUUGAUCUUGACAAUUAUAUUUACUAUGUGAGAGAAGUAGAUAAUGCUUUCUCUAAUUUGAAAGAACUUGGAUAUCUUUCAAUAAAAUUGGUUGAAACAAAUAUGUGCAAGACGUGGAAACUUGUUUAUUUGCUUGUGAAAUUAAGUUUGAUAUUACUCAUAGCUACUGCAAUAGAGGAAAGAGCUUUUUCCUCCAUGAUGUUUAUCAAAAAUGAUUUACGAAAUAGGAUUGGUGAUGAUUUUUUGAAUGAUUGUUUAAUUUGUUAUAUAGAGGAUGAAGUGUUUAACGGUGUACCUAAUGAUGCGAUCAUUGAUCGUUUUCAAAACAUGACAACUCGCCAAAUACAAUUGUUUAGGUGCUCAGUCUCAGCAGUGAUCGUGAUUUCCGUUUGCCUUGUCUAUAUUCCACAAUUGAAAAUACCUCCCCAAAGAGUGAAUGCCGGCAGAAAUAACAAUGAGCAACCUCAUUCUGUUGAUCUCUUGAAUGAGACUAUGUCUCAUGCUGAGUUUUGGGAGACCUUUCAGGCGUUAGCCCAAGAAAUCACCGCAAAUGUCCAGGCUAAUAACCAGGCCACAGUUUUGCAUCAGUAG